GAAAUAGAGCAAAGGAAUGAACAGGCUGAUGAAAGUGGAAGCAAAGCAAGAAAGAAUAUGGCUGUGAGCCCAUUUGAUAAAAACAACUCUUCAGAUCCUCCCUUUGGUGCUAAUGAAGGAGUAGUUGACAUUGUUGUGUCACCACAAGAGACAAGAAAAACCUGUGAUGAUGAGCUUGAUGUAUAUGGAAGCAAUCCCGAGCUGAUCGAUGAUGGCAGUGAGGAACCAAAGUGUUUGCUCCGAGAAGAUGGUAUCAUAGAAGGACAAAAUGCGGGCUCAUAUGAGAAGUUGUGCAGUAGUGAAGCUGAUCUAGAUGACAGUUUGAUCCAGAAAAAGGUUGCAAUAGAUGAGCUAGCAUUAAAGCCAGACAACAAUGAACCAAUCCUUUGUCAAAAGCUUGCGUAUGAGAGUAAGAGCCCAUCAGAUGAGUCAAACAUUCACAUUGCUGUAGCGGAUGAAACUCAUGGACAGGAUUGUUUGCUUCUUGAUAAUGGCCUUGGAAGUGAAGAAACUAUGAAAUCCAGUGAGGAUUUAGAAAAGAGAAACGAUGGUUCUGGUAAUGACUACGACGAAAAGAGAUUUCAAACGCUAAAGGUUCUGGAAUCAUCAAUGGAGGAACGUAUUAACAAGGCACAUAAAACUGUGGCAUGGUUGAUAGAACGGAAAAACAUAAAAGAGAGACGACUAGCAGCAGCAGCUCGUUUGAUCUAGGCGUAUUCGAGGUUGGUUUUGGGCAGUCAAAUGCAAGUAGAUUAUCAAAGAUCAGUCUCACCUUUGUGAUAUUUUGGUUUAGUAUCUUUUAAUUUUCCUUCUUAGUAUCUUUUGAGGACUGGUUUGCUUUUAAGUGUUUCAUUUGUAUCUUUUGAAAUCAGUUAUGAGCUUCUUGGUGUGUUGCAGAUCAGAAUUUACUUACAGAGAUAUAGCUUCAUCCUUAAAUGGAACAGUCUGAUUCCAUCAAGUGUAAUAAAUCAUAUUUGAACCA